GCAAGAGAGAUUUAUACAUUGGAUAUGGCACCAAAUUCUGUUGAUGAUCAAUAUGACGGCUGCAAAGAGAAAAUGGCAAACUUAGUGAAAACUAAAUUUCUGCAGAUGGAAAUCAGAAACUCUGAUGAAUUUAAAUACACUUGGAAUGAUGGUGAAUAUAAAGCCAAGAAUCCAGAGGAUAAUUUGAAUCUGAGUCAUUCAGUAGCAAUUUAUGUGUACACUAACCAUAAUUCUGUUGUAUAUCGAAAGUUUAACAACGCUGUCCAUAGUGAGAAACAAAAGUACAAAGACGGUACAUUCUCAUGGUAUUCACUUCACUUUUUGUUAACAGAUGCAACACAGAUUCUGAAGAAAACACAAACUAAAUGCUAUUUAACGUAUCAUGGUACUAGAGUUGAAUUUGCUAAGAAUGUUGUGAACAAACAGAUUCGUUUCGGCUCAUUUACAUCCUCCUCUUUUGAUAAAGCAGUAGCAAGGCGUUUCAGACCUAGAUCUUGUUUUAAAAUUAAGACUUGUAAAGGUGUUUCUGUGAUAAAAUACUCUAAGUAUCCUAAACAGAAAGAGGUGUUGAUUCCUCCAUAUGAGAUGUUUAAAGUCACUGCUGUCAAGACGAAAGGGCAGAAAGGAGCCUGGUGUGACACUGUGUUCACUCUGAAAAGCACUGGAACAGUAAGUUAUCUGAACUGUGGUGCUGGUGUAAAACUAGACAGGGCCAAACUUUAA